UGGCGGCGGCGGCGGCGGCGGAGGAGGAGCGGAGGCGCCGUGUCCGCCCCGAGCCCCGGGCCCCGGGACCAUGCACUUCUCCAUCCCCGAGACCGAGUCCCGCAGCGGGGACGGCGGAGGCUCCGCCUACGUGGCCUAUAACAUCCACGUGAAUGGCGUCUUGCACUGCCGUGUGCGAUACAGCCAGCUCCUGGGGCUGCAUGAGCAGCUACGCAAGGAAUACGGGGCCAACGUGCUCCCCACAUUCCCCCCGAAGAAGCUCUUCACUCUGACCCCGGCUGAAGUGGAGCAGCGGAGAGAGCAGCUGGAGAAGUACAUGCAGGCCGUGCGGCAGGACCCGUUGCUUGGAAGCAGUGAGACCUUCAACGGCUUCCUGCGCCGCGCACAGCAGGAGACGCAACAGGUGCCCACGGAGGAGGUGUCCCUGGAAGUGCUGCUGAGCAACGGACAGAAGGUGCUGGUCACCGUGCUGACCUCCGACCAGACGGAGGACGUCCUGGAGGCGGUGGCGGCCAAACUGGACCUGCCAGAUGACUUGAUUGGCUACUUCAGCCUCUUUCUGGUGCGCGAGUUGGAGGAUGGAGCCUUCUCCUUCGUGCGGAAACUGCAGGAGUUUGAGCUGCCUUAUGUUUCCGUCACCAGCCUGCGGAGCCAAGAGUACAAGAUUGUGCUGAGGAAGAGUUACUGGGACUCGGCCUACGAUGACGACGUCAUGGAGAACCGGGUCGGCCUCAACUUGCUUUAUGCCCAGACUGUGUCGGACAUCGAGCGGGGUUGGAUCCUGGUCACCAAGGAGCAGCACCGGCAGCUCAAGUCCCUGCAGGAGAAGGUGUCCAAGAAAGAGUUCCUGCGGCUGGCGCAGACCCUGCGGCACUACGGCUAUCUGCGCUUCGAGGCCUGCGUGGCUGACUUUCCGGACAAGGGCUGCCCGGUGGUGGUGAGCGCGGGCAACAGCGAGCUCAGCCUGCAGCUCCGCCUGCCCGGGCAGCAGCUGCGGGAGGGGUCCUUCCGCGUCACCCGCAUGCGUUGCUGGCGGGUCACCUCCUCUGUGCCGCUGCCCAGCGGGGGUCCCAACAGCCCAGGCCGCGGCCGAGGGGAGGUGCACCUGGAGCUGGCGUUCGAGUAUCUCAUGAGCAAGGACCGGCUCCAGUGGGUCACCAUCACCAGCCCGCAGGCAAUCAUGAUGAGCAUUUGCCUGCAGUCCAUGGUGGAUGAGCUAAUGGUGAAGAAAUCAGGGGGCAGCAUCAGGAAGAUGCUGCGCCGAAGGGUUGGGGGCGCGUUGAGGCGUUCAGACAGUCAGCAGGCAGUCAAGUCCCCACCCCUGCUCGAGUCCCCCGAUGCCGCCAGGGAGCCCAUCGUCAAACUCUCAAGCAAGCUAAGCGCCGUGAGCCUGCGGGGGAUCGGCAGCCCCGGGCCCGCCCCCGACCCCGGCACCAGCGACGUCCAUGGAAAUUUUGCCUUCGAGGGCAUCGGGGACGAGGACCUGUAGACGCCGCUGCCCGGAUCUCUCCUCCUCCUGCCCCCUCCCCAGAAUGGACAGCGCCCACCCUGUGCCUCCCGGGCUGGUGUGGGAGGGAGGGGGCCCAUCGCCUCCCAUGGAUCACUCGUGGCCCUUCCUGCCCCAGCCCCCUACCGCCCCGGGCUGGCCGCUCGCCAGUUCCUUCCCCCACCCCACCCCAUUUUCUCCAUCUCCCCCCGACUCCACGGACUCAGAGCUGCCGCCUCCCCCCGCCCCCAUCCCCCAAUGCCAAAUUAGCAUUUAGUAUUUUUGCACAAAGCCGGACCGACAGUGGACCACGGCUGGGGGGGCGGAAGGCCCAGCUCCCUCUCCCCGGCAGUUCUUCGGCUCUGUGGGGCGUGAGGGACCCCCCCUCCCCCCCACCCUUCGCCAUUAAAGUCAGCCUGAUCGCUGCC